CAACACCCGUGGGGAAAGCACGAACGAAUGGGGCGUUAGCGGAAGGGGAUGCUUUCUACAUACACGCGUGUAGCUGCCACCUCGUGUCGAGUUCUAGACGCCACCAAUACAUAAACCGCAAUAGGAUUCCCACCUCACGAUGUUCUCGAGUCCACGCUCACCAGACCAUCUUCGUCGAUUGCAAUGGCGCUUGGCGAAGUGAAUUCGAAUGGAGACGCUCGUCCGAGCAAACGCCGACGUGAAGGCCUCCCGGAGAAGAUGAAAGCGCUGCAGUACUCAGGGCCCGAGAAGUUUGCCGUUGUUGAGAUCGAUGUUCCAACAAUUGGUGACGAUGAUGUCCUGGUCAAAAUAUCAGCAUGUGGAGUCUGUGGUACCGAUCUUCAUUACCACAAGGGCGAGUUUCUGGCUAAGUGGCCGCUCAUACCUGGCCACGAAGCAGCAGGCACCAUCGCCGCAAUCGGCAAAAGCGUCAGCAACGUCUCCAUCGGCGAUCGCGUAACAGCAGACCCCCUGCAACCCUGCCUCUCCUGCUUCCACUGCACACGCCGCAAACCCCUCCUCUGCGAAAGCAUAACAGCAUUCGGCGGAAACGUACCCGGCGGCUUCGCAGAGUACUGCCGCUAUCCUGCUCGACAAGUGCAUCCCAUUGGCGUCCUCCCUGAUCUCGAAGCCGUCCUAAUUGAGCCCGCGGCCUGUGCCACCCACGGCAUCGAGCGCAUGCAACUCGAAGUCGGGAGCAGAGUUUUGCUAUUCGGCUGCGGUCCGACCGGCAUUCUUCUUGCCCAGCUCAUCCGUCUCAACGGCGCAGCACACCUGACCAUCGCCUCGAAAGCCGGGCCCAAACUUGAUCUCGCAAAAAGACUAGACAUUGCGGAUGACUACAUAACCAUCUCAGACUCCCAUCCAGACACCGAUCUAUCCGCCCUGCACACCGCCAACCUCUACGGAUUCGACAUUGUCGUCGAAGCCACUGGCGCCCCCACCGUCCUCGAAAAUGCGAUCAACUUUGUGCGCAAAGGCGGCAAGCUUGUUGUGUACGGUGUGUAUGACGACAAAGUGAAGAUUGCGUGGAGUCCGUUCAAGAUCUGGGAGAACGAGAUCACUGUUAUCGCGAGCUUUUGCAGCGUGCAGCACAUGCCGCACGUCCUGGAGUAUAUCAAGGCGAAGAAACUGCGCCUCGAUGGGAUAGUGGACCGUACGUUCAAAAUCGAGGAGUGGAAGGAGUGUAUGGAUGUUGUAAGACGGCAGGAGUGUGUUAAGGCGGCUAUUGUGUUUGGCUAAUCUUCCGGGCCAUCAAAAUCGCCUGAGGUCGGUGAUCACGCAAUCACAGAAUGGUCAAGGGAAGGCUGGAAGUGAUCUAUCAUGCACACUGCUCCGAUCAAGUAUGUAGCAGCCAAGCCAAAGGAGUCACGUGAUUGCACUUUUUUAUUCG